GUAGAAAAAUGUGUCUUGUAGACUUAUGUAUUGUUUUGGGGCUUGACCAAAUGUUCCUUGCCAAGCCUCUUCUCUAGGACUAAAUGUCUAAGCAGUUCAGUUGGCAUUUAAUUAGACGUAAUCAUAGAAUUCUUAAAUCAGCCAAAUCUUCAAAAAAAAAAAACUAUAAAUACAAAGUCUCACCUCCCAAACUAAUUACUCAACACUCCUCUCCGAACUUAGAAAACAAAAAAAAAGAGAGAGAGAUAAAGAGGGAGAGCUUACUUAGCAUUUGCAAAACAUGGCUUCAAAAAACAUGAUGAAAAACACGAUAGCUCUCAUCCUCGCCAUCCACCUCGUCUUCUUUGGCUUCACCGUGGCACAACCUCCUCCACCUCCAGCUCCAGUGUGUCCCAGAGACAUCCAAGCUUGUGUCAACGUGCUUCGGACCAGCGUGAUCCUCAAUGCUCAAACAGUGAGCCGAUGCUGCACUCUCGUGGCUGGGCUUGACGCCUCUGUGGCCUCUGUAUGCAUAUGCAAUGCCGUUAGAAUCUCACUCCUCAAUAUAUUGACGAUCACUCUGAGACUUAAUCAGGUUCUUGGAAUCUGUCGUAUCACUCCCCCAGCAGGUUUCACAUGCGCUUAAUCCUCUCAUAAGACUAAAUAAGCAGACCAAUUUCGUAUUAUCGAAUAAUAAUGGUGCAAAGUAUGUUUCUCUAAUAGUUAUACGUGUCUUAGAAAGAUCUAUGUUGUUGAAAUAAAGUGAAAACAGUUGUACUGUUUAUACAUGUUCUUAGUUAUGUUCUUCAAGUUUGAUUUCCAUAUGUUGUAUAAUCUCUUGGUUCAGGUGAAAAGUAAUAUACACUUUACCUUUUGAAA